AUGCGCAUGUCUCUUCUUGAAAUGAUGGGACUCAAUUCGCGACCGUUUGACCUGCCGCUCCUGAAAAUGACCGUCAGACGACUUUUGUCAGCCCUUGACUUUUUUCAUACGGAAGCCGAGAUAAUUCAUGCUGAUUUGAAGACCGAUAAUCUGAUGCUCAGUUUGGAGGACACCACCGCGCCGGCGGAUUUUGCGAACGCAGAAGUCAAGAAUCCCAGUCCGCGGAAGAAGAUUAAUGAGUCACGUAUCGUGUACGAGAGCCGGAAAUUUUUACCACCCGUUGGAGGCAAAGGUUACGGUCUUCCAGUUCUGUGUGACUUUGGCGAAGCACGAAUUGGAAAAACACAUGAGUCCAGCCCACUUGUCCAACCGACAAUUUAUAGAGCACCAGAGAUCAUAUUUGAAAUGCCGUGGGGGAGUGCUGUUGAUAUUUGGAACCUGGCGGGUUUGAUCUGGGAUCUCUUUGAAGGAGAACAUCUAUUUGGGAACAUAUUUGACGCUAAAGGUGGCCACGACCCAUUCAAGCAUCUGGCACUUGUAGUCGUCUUGAUUGGGCGGCCAUCAAGCGAAUUUGUCAGACGAAGUGAGACAACUGCGCAGUAUUUCGACCCAAGUGGUGGCUGGAUUGCCCAUGAAGAUGCGGUCAUACCAUCAGUCUCUCUAGAGAGCCUAGAAAAGCGACUAUCUGGGAAGGAGAGAGACUCAUUUCUUCAGUUUAUGGGGUCAAUGCUUAAGUGGUUGCCAGAGGAACGUAGCACCGCAAAACAGUUGCUUAAAGAUCCAUGGCUGCUCUAA